AUGAACAAUUGUAGAAUGGGAGAAAAGAAAACAAUCAGGACUCAUCCAUUACAUAAAAAUGGCUCAGCAAGGAAGAAAAACUUGAUCCCCUUGUGCAUUGAAGAUGAACUGAAAAACCCAGAUGCCAAGAUAAUCGACCUUAGUACAGUCAAGAGAGGAACAUCUCAAGAGGAACAAAGCAAAACACAUCCCAUAAUUUUCCAUGACACAAGACAUAUACAAAAAUUACUUUUGACAAAAAAUAGAUUUUCUCCUCGUCUUAAGGAAAGAGAAUAUCUUUACCGAUACAGAAGAACAAAUUUUGUUUUAGAAAGAAAUUGUGCCAUCCUAAAGUCUUUAAUUAGUGAUCCCUUUGUUACUGUUUCUAAACCCAAAAGCUCUGUGUCUGCAGCAGAGGGCAGAGCCAUAAAAGCCAUAGCUUGUGAAGUGGUCCACAGAGCGGUGCAUGAUAAAGCAAUGAUGCAAAUUAGCAGUCAGACUACAGCUAUAAAACCUUGGAAUAAACUUCACAAUUUAUCACAGACCUUUUCCAACCUAACAAAGAAAUUUGUGGGUUACUUUGAUAAGGCAAUUACUCAUGAAGAGAGUGCUGGAACUGGAAAAUUGGAAGAAAGGGCUUCCAUGAUGAGACCAAUAAGCUCACCCAAAAUCUAUGCUUCAUCCAUCAAAUGUUACCCAAAGCAUGUGAAAAAUGUACUUGCAGUACAUCAAAUAGAUAAUGUAAGUCCUCUGGAUGAUUUGUUAACAUCACCAAAGGAAAUUUAA